AUGAAGUUUCGUGCACUCGGCUUAGUUCUUCUAUUAGCAGUGGAGACUUGCAAAGCUGAAGAGAUUACGUGCGAAGAGACCAAGCCAUUCACAUGUAACCAAACUGAUCGUUUCAACAGAAAACAUUUCGAUGAUGACUUCAUCUUCGAAGGUGGAAAAGGCCGUGGCCUUAACGUUUGGGAUGGCUUCACUCACCGAUAUCCAGAGAAAGGAGGACCCGAUUUAGGGAAUGGAGACAGCACUUGUGGAUCAUAUGAGCACUGGCAGAAAGAUAUAGACGUAAUGACCGAACUCGGGGUUGACGGCUAUAGAUUCUCGCUUGCUUGGUCAAGAAUCGCUCCAAGGGAAUCAAACCAAGCAGGUGUUAAGUACUAUAACGAUCUCAUAGAUGGCCUCCUAGCAAAGAAUAUAACUCCUUUUGUUACCCUCUUCCAUUGGGACCUUCCUCAAGUUCUGCAAGAUGAAUAUGAAGGUUUCUUGAACCAUGAGAUCAUAGACGAUUUCAAAGAUUACGCGAAUCUAUGUUUCAAGAUAUUCGGUGAUAGGGUUAAGAAGUGGAUCACGAUCAACCAACUCUAUACCGUUCCUACUAGAGGUUAUGCAAUGGGAACAGAUGCACCGGAACCUUAUAUCGUUGCACAUAACCAGCUUCUUGCUCAUGCCAAAGUCGUCCAUCUUUACCGGAAAAAAUAUAAGCCAAAACAAAGAGGACAGAUUGGAGUUGUGAUGAUUACUAGAUGGUUUGUUCCAUAUGAUAGCACUCAAGCCAACAUAGAUGCGACUGAGAGGAACAAAGAAUUCUUCUUGGGAUGGUUCAUGGAGCCACUAACAAAAGGUAAAUACCCUGAUAUCAUGAGAAAACUUGUGGGUCGACGCCUUCCAAAGUUCAAUAAGAAAGAAGCCAAACUUGUAAAGGGUUCAUAUGAUUUUCUUGGUAUCAACUACUACCAAACUCAGUAUGUCUAUGCCAUUCCCGCAAAUCCUCCGAAUAGACUCACCGUCCUGAAUGACUCGCUCUCAGCAUUCUCAUAUGAAAAUAAAGAUGGUCCCAUAGGUCCAUGGUUCAAUGCAGAUAGUUAUUACCAUCCAAGAGGAAUUUUAAACGUGUUGGAGCACUUCAAAACUAAAUACGGAAACCCAUUAGUCUAUAUCACUGAGAACGGUGAGUUACUUAUCCUUUCUGGUUGCAAUGUGAAAGGAUACUUUGCUUGGUGUCUUGGGGAUAAUUAUGAAUUAUGGCCAUCAAGAUCAUUUCAUGUCUCCCCUUUCUACUUGCUCCAUAGAAAGGACAAAGGAGCGUUCCCUUCAUUCGAAGCAUAA